AAGUAGCAGUAUAAGCUCUCCAGUACAUAUAGUGAAGCUAAAAAUGGCAUCACUUCCACUUAUUGCAGAGAAAGAUAGUGAAAUUCUUGAUUCUCAAACUCACAUAUGGAACCACAUCCUCAAUUUCAUCAACUCUGGUUCCCUCAAAUGUGCAGUUCAGCUGGAGAUACCAGACAUCAUCCACAAACACGGCCAACCCAUGACCCUCACCCAGUUGGUGAAUGCUCUCCCAAUCAACAACGCAAAAUCCACCCACCUUGCUCGCCUCAUGCGCACAUUAAUUCAUUCCGGCUUCUUUGUCAUCACCAAGACCGAAGGGUCUGAUGAUGAAGGCUAUGCCCUCGCCCCGCCUUCUAUUCUACUCCUUAAAGACAACCCCUUGAGCGUCAGACCUUUCGUGCUAGCUAUGCUUGAUCCCAUUUUGACAAAGCCAUGGCACAAUAUCAGUGAGUGGUUUCAGAACGAUGACCCCACGCCGUUUGAUACGGUUCAUGGGAUGAGCUUAUGGGACUAUGCUGGUAAGGAGCCCAAGCUUAACCACUUCUUUAACGACGCCAUGGCCAGCGAUGCCCAGCUAGUUAUGAAUGUGGUGAUAAAGUAUUGCAGGGGAGUGUUUGAGGGCUUGAAUUCACUUGUUGAUGUUGGUGGUGGCACUGGAACUGUGGCCACAACCAUCGCUCACGCUUUCCCUCAUCUUAAGUGCACUGUGUUUGAUCUUCCGCAUGUUGUCCAAGGCUUGGAAGGUACUAAGAACUUAGACUAUGUUGGAGGUGACAUGUUCGCGUCCAUUCCUCCUGCAGAUGCUCUUUUACUCAAGUGGAUAUUGCAUGAUUGGAGCGACGAAGAAAGCAUGAAAAUAUUGAAGAAAUGUAAGGAAUCAAUUCCCAGUAAAGAAAAUGGAGGGAAGGUUAUUAUAAUAGACAUGGUGGUAGAUGAUAAGAUAAAAGAUGAUAAGUCUAUUGAAACUCAGAUUUUCUUUGAUAUGUUGAUGAUGAUUCUACAGACAGGAAGAGAGAGAGCAGAGAAAGAUUGGUCAAAACUCUUCUUUAAAGCUGGGUUCAAUGAUUACAAAAUAAUUCCAAUCUUGGGAUUAAGGUCCUUAAUUGAAGUUUAUCCUUGACAGAUUAAUAUUGUUCAUCUUGCACUAUGUGAUAAUAUAAUAAAUAUGUGAUAGAAGUUUAUCCUUGAGGGAUUAGUAUGGUUGAUCUUGCUAUAUGUCUCUAGAAAUUAAAAGAAUAACCAAAUAAAUUAUAAUAUCUUCUUCUGAGUCUGUGUUAAAUUCUUAUAUGCAGCAUGUCUCCAGAAAGUAUUGAUAACAAUAUCCUCUUCUGAGUC